AUGCAAGGAAAUUCUUUCCAAGGGAUCACUCCUUCAUCUAUGGCUUCCUUGAAGGGUCUCCAGGUAUUAGAUCUUUCACGAAACAACCUCAAUGUAGAAAUUCCAAAAGACUUGCAAAGUUUACGGUAUCUAUUGUACUUAAAUCUUUCUUUUAAUAAUCUUGAGGGUGAGAUUCCAGCUGAAGGAAUUUUUAGAAAUGCAAGUGCAAUAUCAUUGAUGGCCUUUGUGCUUGCUUAUCGAAGGAGAGUAUCAAAAAAGAGCUCAUUUGUCCCUCUCGAAGAAAUGGAUUGCCUUGUCAAAGUAUCUUACAGGGAUCUUUAUGAUGCAACAAGUGGAUUCUCUGCCCACAACUUAAUUGGAUCUGGCAGCUUUGGUUCUGUGUAUAAAGGAUUUCUCAAUCAAAUGGAAAGACCUGUGGCUAUUAAGGUCCUUAAACUUGGAACAAAGGGUGCUUCAAAAAGCUUCAUGGUGGAAUGCAAGGCGUUAAGGACAGUGAGGCACCGGAAUCUGGUGAAGCUAUUAACAUAUUGCUCUAGCAUUGAUUACAAACAGAACGAAUUCAAAGCUCUAGUUUAUGAGUUCAUGGGCAAAGGAAGCUUGGAGAAGUGGUUGCAUCAUAAUAUCUACAGCAAUGAUCAGUCAAGUAACUUGAAUUUUCUCCAAAGACUGAAUAUUGCAACUGACGUGGCAACUGCACUGCACCACAUUCAUGACUUUUGCGAAAUUCCUAUAAUUCAUCGUGACUUGAAGCCCAGCAAUGUUCUUCUCGAUGAUGGCAUGAUUGCACUUAUAAGUGAUUUUGGUUCAGCUAAACUGUUCUUAAACACCGACGACGCCUCCCAAACUCAAACCAGCUCAAUUGGAAUAAGGGGGGCCAUUAGUUAUAUGCCUCCAGGUAAUGAUGCACCGCCCGAAAGACUUGCGCGGAUCACAUACCCAACCCUUCUCUCAAGAGGAAUGGAAGAAACACUAACAACAAAUGCUAAAAAAGAUGUGCAGAUAGAAAUAUGGGCAGAAGCAAAGUCAAGCAAUAAUGAGAACCUGAUCCAAACAUGUAUUGCUAAUGAGAAAGAUUGUGUUAUUUUUGUGGUUUAA